GGUUACUUUGAUCACGUCAACCACGCGAGACUAGUCCACACAAUGGAGCUCCUCGGCUUCGCCCCCGAGGAGGUUGCCUGGCUACGGUCUUUCCUCUCAGACCGAGAGGUCAUGGUUCGCGUGGAUGGCCACCUCUGCGCCCCCACCCCUAUAGCAGGGGUAGGGAUCCCGCAAGGCUCACCCCUUUCGCCCAUCCUCUCAACGAUCUACACCCUACCCGUGCUGACAUGUCUCGACAGAAACACCCACCCAGACACGGACAGCAAGUUCUAUGUCGACGACGGCCUCCUCGC